CAUACGGGCACCUUGUAAAAGAUGGUGGCCAACUUGUCGCAGCAAAGUUUGCGGCUUUGAUAACAAAAUUUUCCAAAAUCUAGAUUAGGUACACAUGAAUACAUUGUUUUAAAACAAAAAAAUUGAAGUUACCAUGGAUGCUUUUAAAGAUCUGAGAGAAUUCUCCCCUCCUGCAGAGGAUCUAGACAAGGUGGCUGAAGAGGUGGAUAUGGAGGAGGAGGAUGAAGACAAUUCUGAAGAGGAAAGUGAAGAUGACGACGAAGAAGAUGACGAAGAAGAAGGUGAUGAAGAAGGAGGAGAUGAUGAGGAAGAGGAAUUAGGAGAAGAUGAAGAAUGGGAGACUGAUGAAGAAGAAAAUGAAGAUAGUCAGGAUGUUACCUUGGUUACCAGUGACGACGAUGGGGAAGGAGAGAACUGCCCAAUCUGUCUGAACAAGUUCCGUGACCAGGAUAUUGGAACACCUGAAUCAUGUGACCAUUGCUUUUGCUUAGAAUGUAUACAGGAAUGGUCAAAUAAUGUUAAUACAUGUCCAGUGGAUAGACAGGUUUUCCAUUUGAUUUUAGCAAAACAUGCCUAUGGAGACAAAGUCUAUGAGAAGAUUCCCGUAAAAGAUAAGAAGAUUGAAGAUGAGGAAGAUGAGGACCCUACAUAUUGUGAGAUUUGUGGUCGUUGUGAUAGAGAAGACCGUCUGCUACUAUGUGAUGGUUGUGAUCAAGGAUACCAUUGUGAAUGUCUUAACCCUCCACUUCAAGAAAUACCAGUAGAAGAAUGGUUUUGUCCAGAUUGUGCUCAAACUGAAACAGUGUACAAAAGAGUAGAUCCCAAAGAAUUUAUUAUGUUUGAAGCAAUUACUGUAAACGAUGAUGAGGAAAUAGCAGAGCUGAUUUCUGAAAAUACUGAUGAUCUUCCGCCUCUGCGACCACAAAGAAGACAGAUUGCUAGAACUAGAGCUUCAGAGAGAGUACGGGAGCAGAUUAUUGAAAUAAGAUUACAAAGAGCUGAUCGUACUGCAAGAUCAACAAGACAGAGGGCUAUUAUAUCGUCAGAUGAAGAAGAGGGUAGUGACAGGAUGGAAGAGACUAGCCAGGCUACCACAAGUGCACCUGUGCCUAGAAAAACACCAGUCAAAAGGAAGACCACAAAGAGGAAGAAAAAGGUGGUCAGAAAAAAAUCUAAAUCAACCACAGGGAAGAAAAAGACUACAAAAAGAAAAGGAAAGAAGAGACGAAAAAGAAGAAAAACUACUAGAAAGACCAGUAAAAGGAAACAGAUUAUUAAGAAACUAGUGGGUAAAAUGGUGAAUAGGGAAGUCAGGAAGGAAGCUAUACCUACUACAUCAUUCAAGUCGAGAAUUGCUAAAAAUUUAGGGCUUUCAAAACCACCAACUGGUACUACCAUUCCAUUACAGAAGGCACCAGGAGAAAGGACUGUUGAUUUGAUGAAGAGCAAUGUUGGCAUUUCAUCAUUAUCUGUCCUGGGUGAUCGAAAUGAAUUAAUUGGAUUCACAGAUGAACCUGACGAGCAUCCUAGUACAUCUGCUGCAAAACCUACCAAAAAGUCCAGAUAUUCUACUUUAUCAUUAUUUUCACACAGACCAGUAGGAAAACCAGUCAUAAAAAUAGACGAAACACCCAGUUCUAGCUCAGGAGCUGCAGGCUUUGACCUUUUAGGCGGUAUCAUGGAUAACCAAGCCAUGUUGAGGAAAGAUAGCAAAGAUGUUACUAUAAAUAGGGAUGGAUCAUUAACCAAAAAGAAAGAAGUGGAAAAGAAACCAGUUAGGAGACCAUCAGGUCCUCUGUUGUCGCCAAAAUCUAAAAUAGCGUUAUAUGACGAUUUACCUCCCCUGGAAGAUUCAGCUCCACAAGAUACUGAUGAGCUGGUUUCUCCUGAUAAAGGUACACAGACUGGGAGUAGCCUCAUCAGUGACGAAUCUUUAACUCAGCUGAAAUAUUUAGAUAGAAAAAUAGAUACUAAUGUGAUUAAGGAAACGUUGUUUGAGGACCUACCGAAAAGUAUUUAUAGUGAUUCACAGUUAAAGAAAGGAAAUAGUGAAAAAACUAAAGUUGAUCCGUGUAACGAAAGUGAGAAAAGCGAUGCAAAUAAUGAAAUUAAGAAAAUUAAUACAAAGGACGGAAAUUCAGAUGCUAGUACUAAAUUGCAAAAGGAAAAUAGUGAUUCAAAUAAAAGUGGAAAUAGUGAUAAAACUUCUAAAAAUAUGGAAAUAAUUAGUAAGAAAGAAAAAAGCAAAGAGGAAAAAAUUAGCAACAAAGAAAAAAGCAAAGAGGAAAUAAUUAGCAACAAAGAAAAAAGCAAAGAGAAAGUGAAAGUGAAACGACUUAGUAUUGAGGAAAAAAAUAAAGUAAAAAAAUCUGUGGUUAAUAAAGAUAAAAAUGACAAAGUUUCUGAAAGUGCAUCGUCUAAAAAAAGGAGUGAAAAUAUUUCGCAGUUGGAUGAUAUUUCUGAUGAAAGUAAUGGGUUUCAUGAGGAUCUUGAGGAGAAAGAACUUGAAGAAAAGUUGCAAAUAGCGCAGGCUAAAUUGAAAAAGUUAGAAAGUAAAGGCAAGAAAACAAGUAAGAAAGAUUCUCAUAAAGACAAUAGGAAAGAAAUACUGAAGGAAAGUACUAAAGAAAAAAACAAGCCUACUGCAUUUUCUUCAGGCUCCUUGCUGAACGAAGGAAAUUUGGAGUCAGAAAAUGUGGGAAAAUCGGAAAAAGAUUCACAUAAACAUGAUAAGGAGAGAAAGGAUAAAAAGACAAAAGAAGUUGUUGAAAAAAGUGAAAAGAAAGUGAAAAAACACAAAGAAAGUGCUAGUGAGAAACAAAAAGUCAAAAAAUCUAAAAUGCCAAAAGAACAAACUGAGGAAGACGUCAUUAUUGCCACUCCGCCUCGUCAGGAAGUUGAAAUAAUUGAAAUUCCUGACGAUGACGACGAAACCGAAUAUGUUCAAAAUUUAGAUAAAAAGAUUAUAAAGUCCUAUUCUGGAUCUGACCAUCAGAAACCUAGAUCAAGACAAACUUUAGAUCUCAAAAGUGUUGUAAAGAGGGAAAAAUCAGAUCGAGAGACAAGUGAAAAAGAAAAUCGUAAAAGACGUGAAAGUGAUAAAGACCAUGAACGUGACAGAAGUAAGGAAAGAAAAAAGAGAAAAUAUAAAUCACGUAGUAGAUCCCGUGAUCGUAGACAUAGAUCUAGAUCUCACGAAAGAUCACGUAGAUCUCGUUCAAGGGACAAAUAUAGAAAAAGUCAUAAAAGUAGGUCAAGAUCGAGAGAAAAAAGCCGUAGAUCCAAAGAUCGUUGGUCUAAAGAAAGAGACAGAUCAAGGGAAAGGGAUCGAUCAAGGGACAGAGAUCGAGAUAGAUCAAGAGAUAGAGAUCGAUCUAGAGAAAAGUCUAGAAAGCAUAAAAGGAGAGACAGAAGUAGAGAUAGAAGUUCAAGUAGAGAGAGGACAAAAAUCAAAAGCAGAGAAAAAAGUAGAGAUGGCAGUCGAGACAGAGAUUAUAAUAGGUGGCGUGAAAUCAGUCCAGAAGUGCCAUUAAAUAUUUCAACUAUUGACUCUGGUAGGUUAGAUACAGGAAGGCUUAUUGAUUUGUUUGAUGAUAAGUGGAAGAAACGUGAAGACUUAAAGCAGGCUAAAAAGAAAAAGAAAAGUCGUGAAUCUCCUGUUAAAAAUUUACAUCAAUCACCAGCAAAACGACCUCUUGAGGAUAAAGAGGAAGACAAAAUAGACAUACUAAUGAAAAAAGCAAAACCUCUAAUUGAAAAAAGAGAAACGGAGGUUAUAGAAGCAAGUCAACCUAUCUCAAAAAUCAUUGACAUUUUUACAGAAAAGAAUGAGUUUGAUAUGUUUGCAGAUGAUAAUUCUGAUAUGGACACGGAAAUUCCUGAGCCAGCACAAGAAUCUGUGAUUGUAAUUAAUACUGUUGACAGUUUUCAUAAACAUCGUUCAAAUCUUGUUUCAUUACCUUCUGUACAAGAUGAUGACAAAACAAAUAUUCAUGAUACAAAUAUUGAAAAAGAGAAAAAAUCUGACAAUGACAAUUCAAACAAUUCUAUAUCUGUGAUAAACAAUACAGUUGAAAAAACUAUGAAUAGUCCUGAAUAUGAUCCAGCAUUUCCGACUGAUGAUAUGGAAGAGUCACCAUCACCUUUGCAAGAUGAAAAAAGUCCACCAGGAACUCCCGUGGAAUAUACUGAUGUUAAUAAUCAAUCAAUGCAAGGAAAUCCUCAGAUCAUUAUUGGUGAACCACCACCAUGUUCAGUGCCGAUUGACGAAAACUUCCCAGGACUAAGCUUAUCACCUCUUCCUCACCUUCCACCUCAGUUAGGAAAAGGAAUUCUUGGGGAAGGAGGACAAUUUAUUCUUCAGAGAGGUGAGGCACCAAUUGUGCAGCCUGAUGUUCCAGUUGGAAUCAGAAUUUUACAAGGAUUACGACCUGGAAUGUCACCCCAGCGAGCUAUGCUGAUGAAUCCAUUAAUAAUGAACAGACCACCCCAUAUGCAACCUCGAUUUGCUCGUUUGCCUCCUGGACAUAUGCCUCCUUUUGGGCUCCAAGUAACAACUCAGGAUGGUGUGACAUUACCAGUACAAGGACAUUUUCAACCUAGAAUGGCACAUUGUUCUCUGCCACCUCAGCCUGGUAUGAUAAACGGUAAUUUUGAAGGCAUUCAUACAGAUACUUCCCAACCUCCUCCUCCAUUUCAGCUGCUGCAGGGAUCACCUCGUUUAUCUGGAGAUCCUCGUUUACAGCUGCCACCACAUGUGCUUGCUCAGGGUCCUCCACCUGGUCAUGCUGGUUCCCCAUUGCAGAUUCAUCCUGGAAUGGAACCAAGAGUGUCUGUACCAAGUCCACUUGUAUCAAUUUCUGGUCCACUUGAUGGACCUCAUAUGACAUUAUCAGGACCACCAAUCUCAUUAAGUGGACCACUGCCUCAUUUGGCUUUAUCCAGUCAUCCGAUGUCUGUUCCUAAUUCUCAGAUUGGAAUACCUAGUCCGGAGUUAGCAUUAGGAAAUCCAUUGACUAAAUUGCCAGCACUGUUAACAAGAAUGCAGGUACCUCUGUCUAAUCCACAGGAUACAAUGGCUAGUCCAGUCAGUGAUCCAGAACCUGUUUAUACUCCGCCAACACCAACCAAUGACGACACCCCCUUCAUGAACUUAGCAGUAGAAGCGUCAACACUUGCUAAAAUAUCUCGAUCUCAGUCACCACAGUUAACUUCAAGUGCAGCUUUCUCAAGAAAUAAACCUUUAAUUUCUAUAGCAAAUCUAAAAACUUCACUUAAUAAUAAAAUCAUUAAAAAUCUUAAUCCAUUGUCUUCAACAAGAAGUUCAAAAUCACCUAUAGAUGAAUAUCCAUCGCCUGAUGAAAAUGAAGGGGAUGACAUUAUUAAAAAUAGUGAUGAAGAUUCGGAGAAAACACAACCAAAUGCUUCGGACCAGUUGAAUCAACUAACAAAACUUCUCAAUGCACAAGCUCAACUUGCACAGUUAGUGAAUAAAAACAAGCAGACUUCUGUGAAGUCGUCACACAAAAGUGCUAAAGGUAGAUCAAAAGAUCAUCCAUUCAAAGUUCCUCUGCCUCCACGGAUUAAAACAAGCAACGGAAAAAUUGUGAAAGAGGCAGAAUCUACUGAUGUGGUCGAUAUGGACGUUGCUUCUCCUCUGGAUGAAAGUAGUAUCGAAAUUCCUGAUUCUCCCGAUGACUUCGACAAAGUUGUUUUCGGUUCAAAACAGAAAGAAAAUAAAAAACGAAGAGAUAGACAUGACAAGAAAGAAAAACGUAAAGACAAAAAGGUGAGAGAUUCGUCAUCGAGUGUGAAAUUUAAUGAUGCUAGAAAAAAACCUGUUAUGACAGUUAAUGAUGAAAAUUUAAAAGAUGUGAUUAGGGAACUUGAAUUGGAAGAUGAGCCUUCAUCAGCUGUGGAGCUGACUAAUAAAGCGAAGUUCCUGAAGAAACUGCAUUUACAAGAACGAGUUGUGGAUGAAGUCAAACUGGCAUUAAAACCAUUUUAUAGUCACGGAAGAAUUGAUAAAGAUCAGUAUAAAGAAAUAAUGAGAAAAGCUGUUCCCAAGGUUUGCCAUAGUAAAAGUGGUGAUAUUAAUCCUCAAAAGAUAGCGGCUCUCGUAGAAGCCUAUGUAAAUAAAUAUGGAAAGAAAAAGAAGCAACCUGACUCAUCUUGAUAACUAUCUUGUUAUAGCCAUUUGUGUUCUUUAUUUAACUAUUGCAUAAACCAUUCUUGUGUUAACCAAUUAGUAUUUGAAUUUCAAUUACUGUGGAUUUAUUUAUUUUCGUACAUACCAAAUUACAUUGAUAUAGGAAUAUAUUGGAAUUAGGGGGAUAUUUGAUUGGGUUGCUGUUCUAACGUCUGGAUGCUAGGCUAUUGAAACUAUACUAAGAUCAACUUAUAGAUUCUAUAUUAACCUUUGUGUAGGAAAUCAACAAAAAUGUUGAACUUCAUAUGAAAUAUUGAAUAAACAGUCUAUUUCAUUAAUAAUAUUGAAUAAACAGUCAGAUUUCAUUAAAAAUAUUGAAUAAAUAGUCCGAUUUCGUUAAAAAUAUUGAAUAAAGAGUCCGAUUUCCUUAAAAAUAUUGAAUAAAUAGUCCGAUUUCAUUAAAAAUAUUGAAUAAUCAGUCUGAUUUCGUUGAAAAUAGUUUUUAAAAAAUGUUGGGUUUAGAAAUCAAUAGUUAUGAUAGUGCUCUAUAGAAUCCAUCUAUAUUAAUCAAGUAACACUAUUCUCGAUUUAUCCAACUUUUAUUAUAGCAUUUUUGGUGUCAGUUUUUGAUAUUAUUUUGGUAAAUAGCUCAUGAGGAAAACAAAUUUCUUUAUCACCCUACAAGAAAAUAAGUUAAUACAUGCAUGGCUUAUGCUUUAAUUGUGAUUUUAAAAAUCCUACUGCAUUUUUGGUGCAGUUGCUGUCAUGACUGCUGUUUAUAAGUUUUAUAAGAAAAAAAAUUGUCUUAAGAAAAUUGUUAAUUGAAAUUCUAUUUAAGAAAUAUCUGGCAAAAAUGAAUGAGUUUUAAUAGGGGCCACUUUCCCAAGAAAUUUGUAGUUAACUAGUCGAGGUCUCUCCCUAAGCCAGGAAAAUUUGUUUCCUACAUGUUCAAGUUAUCCUUAUAAGUAGCCAUGUUUUGUGGUAAAAAAAAAAGUGCAUGGAUUCUCUAUAUAUCUGUACAAAUCACUUGCAAUCAGGAUACUUCAAAAUUUGUUUGCAAAAUUGGGAUCACUCAAUAAUUUCUCAAAAUCAUUGAACACAAUUCUAUGAAUAUAUGUCCGACUUUCUUAGUUAAUACAUCUAUGAUAUAAAAAAACCAUAAAGAGGAAAAAUUGGUUCUUGGAUGGUGAUGAUUUGCAUUUUUAGAAAUAUUUGAAAUAGAGUAUUUAUUAAAAUUAGCAAAAAUUUUACAGACUAUUUCUCUUAUUUGUGUUUUAUGAUUAUUCACCAUCACAGUUUAAAUGUAAUGUUAAUUCUGCUGUUAUAAACCAAUUUCUUGACAUGAAAUAUUUGUCAUCAGUUGUUAUGGAUGUAAUUAUUAAACAUUUUGGAGUAGGAAAUAAAUAUAAGAAUAGUAUUUCAAAUAUUAAGUAUUAUAAGCCAAAAACAUUAAUAUUGUACCCCUCAUUUUAUUUCAUAGUACUCCCUAUUUUCAGUUAUAUUGUGAUCAUGAAUGAAAUGAAUUUAGCUGAAUUUAAUUAAGAAAUGUCGACAUUUAAAGUCAUUUUUUGUGAUUGAAAUAGUGCAUAUGUUUUAUAUAUGUCUCAUAUGUCUGAAACCUAGAUCAAAGAAAAAUGAAUUAUUAGCCAUUUUGCAUAUUGUAUUUACAUAUCAAAUUGAGAUAUGUCUCCCAGUUGUACCAGUCUUAUUAUAAAGUUUUGAAACUAUUAUUGUCGGGCAGUAUUUUGUCAGGGAUAAUUUAUUUAAGGAAAGUGUUUUUUUAAAUCAUUGUUUAACAUAUUUAUGAUAAAUUACAGAACCAAAACUAGGAAAUUUAAUUUCAGAGCAAAAACUAUUUCAGAAAAAAAAUUGUGAAUAUAAUUGAAUUUAUUAUGAAAGAAACUUGUAUAUUCUUUGUUUUGUUAAAUAUUUUCAUAAGUAGUAUUUUGUAAUAACUGAUAAAUAUCCAAAUUUAUAACUGCAGAUAUCUUGAUUCUGGCCAUCAAGUAUUCAAUAGGAAAUUCUUGCAAAUACACUAUCUUCACAUGUAUUUCUUAUAGUUAUCAAUUUAACAAAAUUAAUCACAAGCACUUUGAUUUAUUAUUUCUAAUUUACUAUGAUUUUUGUUUUCCUUAUAUUAGAAAACUGAGGAUUUAUUUACUUUUGAUGGGUAGUUUUCAUUGAUCAAGUUUAUUUUUUUUAUUAUAGAAAUGAAUAUUUGAUUUCAUAGUUUUGUCAAAAGUUGGAAAAUUUGUUAUUUGUUGAACAUUUAAAUUGAAUAUAUACCUUUACCUACAAAAUCUGCAAAAAUUAGUAUCCCUCAUAUAGUGAUGUAUCCACAGUAACACUAUUCUCUCUUUUUAAUGCUGAAUGAAAAAAGUGCUGAUCUUGUGAUCAUUAUGUAUUUAUUUUAAUCCCAAGUUGUUUUGUUUUGUUUAUGAUUGUGCUAAGAGUUGAAAUAGAGGGAAAGUUAUAGACAAUUUUUAAUUCCCCGCCCUGCUAAACGUUGGGGGCAUGUAGUGUUAUCCAUGUUUGUCCUGUCUAUUUGUCUGUCUGUCCCAAAUGUCCCCAAAAAUUGGUUUCCAUUCCCUAAUUUUAGUUUGCCUCAACCAAAUGUUACGAAUCUUAUACACACUGCUUGUUAUCACAAAAUAGUUCUAACUGCACGAAAUUCUGCAUCUGUAUGAGGAAGUUGACUCAUGCAUAUUUACAAAAAAAGGGGGGGGGUUACUGUGACACAUUCUACAUUUAUUUUGUGUGAGUAAUUCAAGUUUUAAAAUACAAGAUCUAAAUAUAAGAAAUUCUAUUGAGUAUUUUUUUUUUUCAAAAAUAAGUUUUAAGAUACUCUCUCUUGUUUUCAUGCUAUGGAAACACUUGUAUGUAUCAUUUUUUAGGAUUGUAUGCAAGAACAGGAGAAAAGUUUUCCUUAAACUCUAGAAGUACAAACUAAUUUCAUCAGUGAAUAUACAUGUCUAUUAAAUAAAUCUUGACCAAUUAUUCACAAUAUUAGAAGGGUUUGAAUAUGUUUUGUUUAAUGUCUGGUAAUUUGAUGAUUUAAGGAUUCUUCUGAUUAUUAGUAUUCAAGUUUCUAAAUUUGAUACCCCUUAACCUUUGUUUUCCUAUUAGAUACAAUUUAUAUACAUGUAAUAACCAGUUUUAAAGCUGAUGCAUUCAGAUUUGCACAUGAGUCAUUCAAUUAAUGUCAGAAUUCAAAAUAUUUUUAUUUUGAUGUUUUCUAUGAUUUUGUUCUAGUUGGUUGAACAUUUUUGUUGUUCUGUUUUAAUUUUAAAGAUUAUAGGGAGAAUUCCUUGAUAAAGUUAAAAGCAAUACUAGAUUGAAAUGAUUUAGAAAUACUUAUGUUGCAUUUACUGAACAUUUUAUUCUAUUUUUUAUUAGAUAAGUAAUUUUAAUACAAUCUUCCAUAUAAAUGUAAAAUAAGAAAUCUUGUAAAAAAUUCUAAUUUGAAAAUAACUGUUUCAUAUUUUCUGUUAAAAGAACACUUAUGUAUACAGCAAUAUUUUUUAGGGUAUGGGUUUACUUUUAACUAUUAUAUAAAUUGACUUUUGUUAUAUAAAUCUUAAAUUUUUAAUACCAAAUUUUUUUAGUUUUCCUAUUUUGGAUGAUAUACAAGAAGAUGGUAUCGCUGUGAAAAGCUUAGAAAUGAGGUUAGAAUCUAGACCAAUUAAAAGGCAGCUUUCACCAUGAUAUAAUGUAAAAUGGCAAUCACUGUUUUAUAUAAACUAAAUAAAAUGUGAAUUCAUACUAUAUUUGCAAUCAUGAAGCAUUUUUUAAAUCCACAGUCAUGGACAAUUUUUCGUUUGUUUGUUUUGAUACUAGCUUAAAUAGAAUCGUAAAAUCUAGAUAACAAUACUGUAACUGUUGUACAUUUACAUAUGUAAAUUUUUAAGGUCAUAUCAGUGUGACCUCAAGGUUGUCACUGUCUAUUGUGUACAUACCAGUUGUGUAUUUUGUGGAAUGUUAUUUUGUAUAAAUGUACAGGUUGAUACCAGUAUGUACAAUGCAUUUUGUAAAUAAACCAAGGAGGUUAUUUACUCCUAAAAUUGUAA